AAUAAAAAAAAAGGAAAAGAAGGAGGCAUGGAGAGUAAGCUUUCCUGGGAUGUGAUUCAGGAAAUCCUGUUGAGAUUACCUGUGAAAUCUCUUGUUCGAUUCAAGUGUGUGUGCAAAUCAUGGCUUUCUCUGAUCUCUGACUCUCAAUUUGCAAAAUCCCAUUACGAGCUAUCUGCCGCACCCACCCAUAAGCUUCUGCAGAUAACACGUUCUGGUUCCGAAGCUCGACCGAUAGAUUUUGAUGCUUCGCUUAACGAUGAUUCUUUCGUUGUAAGCCUCGUUCCCCCAUUUCCAAAGCCAGGUAAAUAUGCUCCUCAUGUUUUGAUUUUCGGUUCAUGCCGAGGGUUUGUCCUUAUAAAAAGAUAUUCAAACUUUUAUAUUUGGAACCCAUCAACUGGUUUCCACAGAGAACUAUCAUACUCUGAGAUAGGGAAACAAUGUCAAAGUGAGGACAAAUUUCUAACUGGUUUUGGGUAUGACCCAUCCACCGAUGAUUAUUUGGUAGUUGUACUGUGGGCUAAGUACUACUUAAACCCCAUCAUUGAUGAUAAUGGUGAUGAUGAUGUUUAUGUUAAUCUUAAGGUAGACCGUUUGGUGCUUUUCUCUUUGAGAACCAAUUCAUUGAAAGAAAUUCAGGGGCCUCAUCUUCCCGACAUGUAUUCUACCAGUCAACCAUUGUUCUUUAAUGAUGCUAUUCAUUGGUUGGCUUCCGGUUAUAAUUCAUUUGUAAUUCUUGCCUUUGAUAUGGUAAACAAGAAUUUCUUUGAGAUAUCUUUGCCCGAUGGUUGUUCAACUGUUGACUUUUAUUUUUGUAAAUUGGGAUCUAUGGGAGGAUGUCUCUGCUUAUGUCAUUUUGACGAUACUAAAACUAAGGUGUGGAUUAUGAAAGAAUAUAAAGUGCAGUCAUCUUGGACUAUGCUUGAGAUUCCUGGACACGUUUCCGCUGUAUGCAUGGCAAAAGAUGGUGAACUUGUUGCAUUACGCUUUGAUGAUGGAGAAGUGAUGAAAUUUAAUGACAAAGGAGAACUGCUAGAACGUUGUGAAUAUUGUUCUGAUGAUCUGAGUGGGUUUGAUACAGUUAUGUAUAGGGAGAGUCUACUUUCGGUCCCUCAUGGACAAAUGGAAUCUCCAUCAAUAGAAGCACAUCAGAGCAAAUAUGAAUGCUGAAAUUGAUUUCAUUUCCCAACAAUUUCUGUACGGAACACUGUUAUUUUCCAACUUCAUAGCUUAAUUAUGGAAACAUGGUUUGUUUGAUUUGUUCUUAUUA